AUGUUACACAGAAAUAUCAUCUUCAAAGUGUUGUUUCUGUUUCUCGUAGCUCUUCUGGCCAGCUGCGAUGCCUUCAGACUGGGUUCGUCCCAGCGGGUCAUACCGCUCAGUCCUCCAGUGGCCCGUCUGUUCCAGGACGAAGGCCCAGCCCAGCCGCACUUCAUCCAGGAGUUAGUCAGAACCAAACGCCACUCAGCCCAAGAGUUAGUGCGAGCCCAGCCUCAUCUGGUUCACGACAUGGGCCGGCCAGAGAUACACGACACAUCCCGUUCCCAGGCCAAGAUGGAUAACUCCUCUCAGAUAAACCCGCCGUCGUCCGACGGUCAGCGUGCAGCCAGGACCCGCCCCGCCGUGGACGAAAACCUCGAUGUGGAGGACGAGAUGGAGCGUAUGGUUCAUCUGGCGGUUCCUCGGGACUCCACCGACCCGGAGAAGGAGCUCCUCGGUGGACCAGGAGCUGGUGAUGCCUCCCUGGAGGCCUCGGGCUUCUACGGCACAGACAUGGAGGACAGAGACAGAGGAGAGGAGGGAGGAGAGGACCGAGAGAGGAGAGGAGGAGAGGACGAGUGGGAGAGAGACACGGGGGAGGACAGAGAGAGGAGAGGGGGAGACACCAGAGGAGAGGAAGAGGAGAGAGGAGGAGGGACAGACGAUCAAGAUGUCCACGGUUUGGAUGCCAACCACACAACUCCGGAUCUGGACGCUCUGAUUGGAUACAGUCCGUCUUUCCAGCCCUCCAGCUCCAACCAGCCCGACGUCUCCCCCCCAGCUGAGGUGCACGAUUCUGGGCCGCAGGAGCAUCGUGCAUCCCCGGUCCUGG